AUGGAUGCUUUGUUCGGGCAAAAUUCACUAGAUGACACAGCUGAACCUGCCCGAACUCCCGAUGAUUCAGAUGUUUCCGAGGGAGAAAAUUUAACUAACAAAGAAAUAAAUAAUACACCAGCACCAAUAAGUCAUGGUGGUCGACAAACAGGGCCAAAAGGAGUAUUGGCAGAUCACGCCUUCCAUGAACAAAUAUCGAAGGAGCGUAAAGCAGCAUUUAUAAAAUCGUACAAUGAACGUGUGCUUUCAAAAGCAAUAACAACUACGACUUUUCGAGAAGACCAAGAAACGAACAAACAAGAGGAAGCAUUACUGCAAGCGCUAGAGAAUGUUAGUUCCGACGAAGACGAACAAGAAGUUAUUCGUAGAUAUCGAGAACAACGAAUAAAAGAAAUAAAAAACUAUGAAUAUUACAAGUCGAGACCAAAGUUUGGAUUCUUGAAAGAGAUUUCGGCCGAUCAAUAUGUUAGCGCUAUUGAUAAUGAGGCAGCGAAUGUAUCGGUUGUGUUACAUUUAUACGAAAAUUCUAUCGUAGAAUGCAUACGAUUAAACGAAUGUUUAGCACAUCUAGCACGGAAAUAUGCAUGCGUGAAAUUUCUUCGUAUUCUAGCGCGCGAAUUAGAAUUUGAUCCAGCUGGAUUACCUGCUAUCUUAGUCUACAAGAAUGGUAAAUUGAUUGCUAAUCUCGUAAAAAUAACGGAUGAAUUUGAUGAGUCAGAUUUUGAUUCGAACGUCGUGGAACAAAUUUUGAUAAGAAAGGAGGCAUUCACAACAUCAGAUAUUUCACCAGACCUUUCCUCAACAAAAAAUAAUUUAGAGGAUCGAAUAUCUACUAACGACUCUUUGAAAUAUAAGGACAAUGAUGACGAUAAUGAAGAUUCUGACUAA